AUGGCAGCAGAAAUUCAACAAUUUAUUAAAGAAGCUGUAGCUCAGGAUAAAGUUGUGAUAUUUUCGAAAUCUUAUUGUCCGUAUUGUACUUUAGCGAAAGAUGUUUUCAGUAAAGUGAAGCAGCCUUUUAAAGUAUAUGAGCUUAACGAGCGGGAGGAUGGAGACGCCAUUCAGAACAAUUUGUAUCAAAUCACUGGAGUUAGAACGGUACCGCAAGUGUUUAUAAAUGGCAACUGCGUUGGAGGUGGAUCCGAUGUAGAUAAAUUGUAUAAAACUGGCAAGUUGGAGCCUAUGCUGAUAGGAUAA